CUUGCUCUACUUUUGCUGUCUUGCCCUGUUUCCCUGUUUCCCUGUUUCCCUGUUUCUCUGUUUCUCUGUUUCUGUCACCAAAGCCUAGGUUGCUUCUUGUUGUCGGUUAUUCUGUCUGUCUUUGAAGCGUGUACUCGAACUACUUUACGGAAGACUUUAGAACACAAUCAACUGUUAUUUUUGUUGUUAAAAGUCCCUUUUUCCACCAUUACAGUGUCUACGAAUGCCACAUGCCGCCGUGGUCGUCCCGCUCGCCGUCCAUUCCUUCUCCCUCGAAUUCCAACCAGCCCACCUCCUCCAUCACCACCAUCCCCCCUGCUGCCCCUCUGGAACGCACGGCGCUGCGUUCUUCCCCUCGCGAUGUCCCGCCCGGCCGAGCUGCCCCGUCAAUGAGCCCUUCGCUCUUUGCAGCCUCUCCUCUGUCUCGUCGAGGUCAUUCGCGGUCCGUUAGCCAUCCCUCACCUGCGCCGUUCUCGGGACCAGGGCGUAGGGCUGCAGCGGCAGGAGAAGGAGGAACAGCAGCAGCAGCAGCAGCAGUAGGAGGAGGCAAUAAUCGGCUCGUUCUGAAGAAUCAUUUUCUUGAUUCAGAUGAUGAUGACGACGACGAGGUGACCUACAUCUCCGGGCCGCUCGCGAGUAGCCCGCGGAAGGGACAGGCCCGGGCGGGGGGCCAGCCGCCUGUUGUCGACGACUUCCUGACGGGCAAGUGCAUGACGUGCAGUUCCACGGUGCGGUGGCCUCGCAACCUCAAGGUCUUUCGCUGCACCAACUGCUUGACCGUCAAUGAUCUGGAGCCUGUCGUUGAUGCACCGCAGGAGAUCGGCUGCAGCAACACCCCUGGUCAUGCUCAUCCGGGACCAGGAGGCGGCGACCGUGUUCGAAGAAAAGCGGUCCCUGUGUCAAUCUCUCGCACUCAGGCCAUCAUCGACGAGUGCGUAUCUGUAUACCUCCAGCGGCUAUUAGACGGCCUAGGAUCGUCAGCCGCAGCCUCACCAUUCACCAUCAACGAAAAGAAGGCCGAGAGGCAUUACGGGGUGACGAGCGAUGGCCAUCUUUCCCCAUCCAACUCACACUUCUUCGAUCCUUCCUCGGCUUACCCGCGGCAGCAGCCGCCGCCGCCGCCACCGCCGCCACCGCCGCCACGAGCAGGGGACUUGCGCAGCCGGAGUCUGUCUGCGACCAGGCUACCAUCAGGAAGAUCGGAUGAUGGCCAUACGGAGACGGACCAGAACUAUUUGACACCACAACCGCCGCCACGACGUCGCUCGGAUGUCAAACCUGGGGAUGUAGAGGGCGCUCGCCGGAAGUUGGAUGUGGAGAAUACCCCCAACGAGGACCGAUCGCCUCGCGACGCUGCUCGAUUUGGGACGGAUUCGGAACCCAGAGAUUCGGACAGGCAUCCAUCUAAACGGUUGUUCCAAGCGCUAGAGGACUACCUGAUUGCCUCGUUCAAGGGUUGUGAGUGCCUCAAUGGCUCCUUUAGCACCGCGCGACCGUUACCCCGUGCGGCCAGCGACGGCUGCCCCCCUAAAAUGAAUCUGGAGCAUGAAUCCCAAGAAGAUUCAGCCCCCUCCCAUACAAUUCCCGUCUUUGAACCUGACGCCAAACUUCUUCUCUUGGGUGAUGUGGCGGAGAAUUCCACAUGGUGGAUGAAUGAGUGGGCGCAGUCGAGCGAUGCCCAUGCACAUCCCAGGGGGGAGAAAGCGAUGCCACGAGGGCAUCGUGCUGUUACCUCGCGGAGUCCUCGAAUCAAUUGGGCCGAACUCGCCCAUUGGUAUCAGCUCAUCAUCAAUGCCGGGGAUUCCUGGGUCGAGAAGUGGUCGGCAAUGCAACCAAGUCCAACGUUGAAUAACGAAAAAUGUGUCAGGUGGCGUUCCAUUGACACUACUAUGAUUGAUAGAGAGAUUCAAGAAGCACGGCUUCACGUCCAGAGGACACUGCUCAAAGCCACGGAGAACCUGCUCAAGAGGCCCCGGCAGCCUCUCAAGAAGCCAGAAGAGAUGCGCUUCCUCAUCAUUCUACUCAUGAAUCCCCUCCUCUACUCGUCCAGCCCGCAGCUCACACUACGACCCGUGCCACAGGGAGCAAGACGACCUUCCCAUCCCAAUAACACCACCACCACCAACAACAACAACGUCGUCCGUCCGACCCCCCGUGAAAAACCCUUUUCGCCCUCUCGCAAGGAGCUGCCCCCGACGCCCUCUGCCACCCGGGACGGCGGUCCCAAAAAUCACUCAGGCAUCAUCAAACGAAUUCUGGGUCAGCUGUCAAACAUGCCCAACGACUGUCACCACUAUCUCGUGUCAUGGUUUUCUCGUUUGUCUGUAGGUCAAUUUGAGAAGCUGGUUGACGUCGUCGGGGGCUUCGUGACGUACCGGUUGAGCCGUCAACAUGGCCGGAGGCGGAGACAGUCGUCCAGGAACGAAAAUACUCUGAUUCCCAGCUUCUCCAGCGCUACCGGAAACACUCCUGCAGAACUCCACGCUGCCAUCAAUGGCAGAACCCCCCCCAAAGUUGGAAAGGACAAGAAGGAGAAACCGGUCGUCUAUGAGGAAGACUGGCAGAUUCGGGCCGCUGCUCGGGUGAUGUCUCUACUGUUCACGGCGAACAAUGCAAGCGCCUCACGGAGACCACCCGAUAACCCGGCGGAAAGUACUCAUCAUCAUCAUCCCAAUAAUAACAACAACAACAACAAUAAUAAAGAAGCAGCUCGUUAUGGCCAUGUUGUCCCCAUCAGCACAUUUUACAACACGUUGCUGGACUACUCGGAUCUGGUGGCUGAUUUUGAAGCGUGGGAAACCAAGACCUCCAAGUUCUGCUUUUGCCAGUACCCGUUCCUUCUCAGCAUUUGGGCCAAGAUUCAUGUCCUGGAGCACGAUGCUCGCCGGCAGAUGGAGGUCAAGGCCCGAGAGGCUUUCUUCAAAAGCAUUCUCAACCGCAAGGCGAUCAGCCAGUAUCUAGUGCUGAAGGUUCGACGGGACUGCCUAGUGGAAGACAGCCUGCAGAACGUUAGCGAGGUUGUCGGGUCUGGCCAAGAGGAUAUCAAAAAGGGCCUCCGUAUUGAGUUUAUCGGUGAAGAAGGUGUGGACGCGGGAGGCCUGCGCAAAGAAUGGUUUCUCCUCCUGGUCAGAGAAGUGUUUGACCCUCAUCACGGCCUUUUCCUCUAUGACGAAGACUCUCGGUACUGCUACUUCAAUCCUUUUUGUUUCGAAAAUUCAGAGCAGUUCUUCCUGGUAGGUGUCCUGCUGGGGUUAGCUAUCUACAACUCCACCAUUCUGGACGUGGCGUUACCGCCCUUUGCGUUCAAGAAGCUUUUGGCGGCGGCACCGCCGUCUAAUAGCGGAGUGCAAACAUCAACGGCGCGCCCAGCCUUCAAGAGCAGUCUGGACGACCUGGCGGAGUAUCGACCCGCCCUGGCCAAGGGCCUCCGCGGACUGCUAGAGUUUGAAGGAGACGUCUCGGAGACGUUCUGCUACGACUUUGUGGCGCAGGUUGAUCGCUACGGCGAGCGGGUCAAGGUACCUCUUUGUGCUGGCGGCGAGAAACGGCCCGUCACCAACGCCAACCGACGCGAGUUUGUCGACCUCUACGUACAUUAUCUACUGGACACGGCGGUGACGCGGCAAUUCGAGCCGUUUAAGCGCGGGUUCUUCACAGUGUGUGGCGGCAACGCGCUGUCGCUCUUCCGGCCCGAGGAGAUCGAGCUUCUGGUGCGCGGCUCGGACGAGCCUCUGGAUGUGACCUCGCUGCGGGCUGUCGCUACGUACGACAAUUGGGGCAGCAAUGCUCGGCCGGAGUCGCAAUCGGUGGUCCAGUGGUUCUGGGCGUUUUUCGGCGAGGCGAGCCCGGCGGCGCAGCGCAAGAUUCUCUCGUUCAUCACGGGUAGCGACCGGAUCCCCGCGAUGGGGGCGACCAGUCUCGUGAUCAAGCUUGCAUGUCUUGGGGAGGACUCGCCGCGAUAUCCGACGGCGCGGACGUGCUUCAACACACUGGGCCUGUACCGCUACGGGAGCCGGGAGAAGCUGGAGCGGAUGCUAUGGGGGGCAGUGGUGAACAGCGAGGGAUUCGGGUUGAAGUAAUAUUAAUAACCUCUCUCUCUUUCUCUCUCUCUUUCUAUUUUAUCUCAUCGUAGGCUAUGUAGAGUGUAAACCAGUGUCUCUCGCCUGUAAUUUUCUUGAGCAAGAUGAAGCCAACAUUGAAUAGUACCUAGUUACUUAGGUAGUAACCAAGUGAUCUCUGUGCGGGGUGUCUGUGUCCCCCGCUUAUCAAGCGGUCAGGAUCGUCGGAUGGCACGCAUGGCGAGUGGACUCGUCGUAUGGAAAGCUGCAGGGUCGAGGGUGAGCACCGGUCAUAAGACCGCAAUGAGUUUCUGCGUGGUUUUAGUAGGUUAGUUGGCUGUCUCUUGAA